AUGGUCGACAAAGUCGUAACUGGUAAAUGUUUAUGUGGACAAAUAAGUGUUUCAAUUCCCGAAGUGAUUUUGAACAAGAGUGAACAUAUUGGUUUGUGCUAUUAUGUGACAAUUCAAGGAGAACCGAAGAUUUAUCUGGAUAAAGAUACGAAAAGUGGAACAACGGUACGACGUGCAUUUUGUGGGAAUUGUGGUUCGCCGAUGUUCGGGAAAAAUCCGAAUUUUGCUGGUUUAAUGGCUAUUAGAUUGGGAUGCUUUGAUCAAUUGACAAAACCGGGUAUGGUUUUGUUUUGUAAAGAUCGACCCCAAUGGGAUAAAUCGAUUGAUGGAACACAAGAAAAUGAGACUAUGCCAGAGGUCACUGACGAAUUCAAAGAUUGGUUAAAAAAUGUUGGAGUGAAAAUUUAA